ACCCCGGCGCCGCCGCGUACCUGGGGGUGCUGGAUGCAAGCUCUGCGGGGCUCCUCCAACCGUAGCUCAGAUGUAGAUGCGUGCGCGUGUGUGUGCUUAACCCUUUCUUGGCUCCUCGGAUUUAUACCAUGCUGAAGAUCCUCACCAAAAAGCUCAGGAACCAGAGUUUGAACGAAGUUCAGCCUUUCCAGCUAAAGAUCUCCUACCCCCCAAGUGAUGAGGACAGCGAUGACUCUGAGGGAGAGAACCAGGAGCUUGCUCAGAUCGACAGAGAGAGAAGACGGAAUGGUACCUUGACCCCUCUGGCCACUAACCAGCUCCAGAACCAGGAGAACCAAUGCUGCAAGGUUCGGGCCCUCUUCCAUGCCAGCCUUGACCGCCACAGCUCUGAAGAGGAGCUGGAGCGCAUCAACCGGGAGUUCGCUGCCGAGAAGCGGAAGUGGUCCCAGGUCAGCAGACUUGCCUGCUGCAGCGACAGCAACAAUACCUCCUCCAGUGACGACGAAGUGAAGAACUUGUGCACGAUGUCCUUCCGGCCUGUGGCAGAGCAGGCUGAUGGCCUGCAUGCCAGCCCAAGCCCUGUGCUGUUCAGUGCCUCCCCUCCCAAGAGACUCCAGCCCCUUGUGCGGAGCCCAGCCUCCAGACCUUUAAUCUUCACGAGCGUUGGGACGGGCCUUGAGCAAGUCAUGCCUUGUAAGAGACAUCGGCAAGGAUACGGGGAUAAGGUCAGCAGGCCAAGUCUUGACCUGGAAAAAAUGCAGCAGAAGAUGCUGCUCAAGAAGCAUUGUGGAACGAAGACUAGAGUUAUUAAAAUUCAUAGCAUCAAUGGAGGCUGCCCGCCGCCCCACUUUGUGUAUGAUCCAUCCACCUUUGCCUUCCGUUCUCUCAGCACCUUGAAGCCGCUGAGCCCAAUAGCUCCAGUGGAAGAACCGUCAUGUGCCUACUGA